AUGGUCACCUGGAAUUACUUCGAAUCAGCUCACGGCAAAGGUGCUGCAGAUGGAGUAGGGGCAGUUGUUAAACGCACUGCUGACGCUGGUAGAGAUGUUGCAACAUUAGAUGGAUUUUUGAAAAUCGUAAAACAAAACACACAAAACAAUAACGUGGCAACUGUUGAAGAAUACCAAAUAACAGAAAAAGAUAUGUUGAUAACUUCAGAACAGUUGAAACCAUUAAAAGGUACAAUGAAAGUCCAUCAAAUACUGUGGCAGAAAGAAAAGGACCACCUAAUAUUCAGAGAAACUAGUUGCUUUAUAUGCUUGGACAUGAACUGUAAACAUACAAAAUUUGUCGGUAAAUUAUGCUAUAAAGACAAAGAUGAAUCAACACAUAUUACAAAUAAAGAGAAUGAAGAUAAUAAUAUGAAUGUUGCAACCACAAACGUAAUCCCUAAAACUACACCAAAUAACAGGACUAUUAAAAUAUUAAGAAAUGUUUUACUAACGCCAAAGCGCAAAAGAAACGAAACCACCGCUAAAAUGCUGUCUGAUUUAAAACCUGAUAAUAAAUUACACUUGGACCCUAAUGUACAAAUUGAGAAUAUGGUAUAUCAGUAUAAUAUUUCUGGCAGUGGCAGUGAUAUCAAUUUUUCAAGUGUAUUUCAAGACUACGUUCAAUCUACUCGUACAUUGCAAUUAAGCUCAAAUGAAAUAAUUGAUGGCCAGUCUAAUGUUCUUGGAUCAUCAUUGCUGUGUGAUGAUUUUGCAGAUUCACAAAAGACUGCAUUUGAUCCUACCUGCGAAGUUUCUGGUCAUGAAAGUGAUACAGAUUCGAGUUCAAGUUUCAAUAUUUUUGAGUUUUGA